AUGGCGUUUAUGAAGCUAGAGGAGCUACGUGCCCGGCAGAGACUAGACUACGACAGUUUUGUUAUCAAGCACCAGUUUGAUAAAUUAAUCAAGCCUAUUGAAGAAUACAAUGAAAAUUUUAGACUUCCCAACACUUCUAUAAAGGAGCGGAAAACUGUUACUGAUGAUUUGAUCAACAAGUUGCGAGAAUUACGAUCACUGGAGAUUUGCAACGACCACUCCACUAUCCCACAUAUGCUACAACAUGAAUUCAUCAUCAGAUUGAGUACAGUUAUAUGCAAUGACAAACAAUUGUUUGAGCUCACUACAUACUUUGUUAGGACGUUGAUUGCUUAUAUCAAAACCAACGAUUGUCUGGCACAUUUAUCAAUGAUCGCCACAAUUUUAACAAAUUAUUUGAACACCUUCACCACUCACAAUGCCUUAGCUCCAUAUCAGCUACCUUACGUGAAUAGAUUAGUUGGUGAAGUUUUGAAAAUUUGCGAUACUUAUGUUGAAAUUUUGAGCAUUUGGUUGAAGGAAAUCAUAGCAAAACCAACCACGGAUCAAGGAAGACACCAUCACCCAGUUAGCUUACUCCCACUUCAACAGAUUAUUGAAAACUUUCUCAUGAAUGACUUUGAUACUUUUAAAACCGCAAAUUGGGAAGAUUUUAUCAAAUUGAGUCAAAAAUCAGCGGAGUUGACUGCAUAUUUAUGUUCACAACGAACUGGUGUCUUUGACGAUAUGAUGAAUCUAUAUUUCUUUCCAUCAGAAGAGUAUCUGUUGUUGCAUGUUUCUGUACUUGAGCCAGUUUUAAGCGCUGUGAUCAAGGUCAUGGAAGAUUCAAGUCAAAAAUUGGGUACUCACUAUUUUGGUAAAUUCAUCAACAUGUUGAAGAAACACUUGAGCUUGUCAGUGUAUAAUGAUGAUUCAAUCAUAUUUAUUUUGCAAUUGUUAUUGAAUUUAGGUGCAGUAAGAACUUUAGGCCGAUUAGUUGAUGAUUUCUCCUUUCAAUUAUAUUUGAAUGAUAAGUUUCAAGACCAUCGAAUCUUGGAAAAGGUCCUUUAUGUCUUGUCAGAUGUGUUGCAUAGGUACGAUCAAUGUUUUUUGAAAUUGCUGAGCACCAAAGAUGAUACACAGCUUUCAAGUCCUCACUCGACUUUCCUUGAUCAAAUACGAAUCAAAGUCAUGAGAAUUCACGGUUCUAAUGCACAACCAGUUUCUCAUAGAUUUAUUACGCUAUUGAUUGACAACUCAGCAUCGCUUGAAAACUACAACCUAGAUACACAGAGUGCAUUGGUUUCCCAAGUCUUCCAAUUAUUGUUGCAAUAUUUUCAAAACAAACCCUCACUCGAUGCAGCAUUGAACCAACUCUCAUUAAUGAUCUUUCUCAAGUUCAACAUGCUUAAUAGUGCAACUUUCUUAGAAGUCAUACAUUAUCUUAUAGCCUGUUAUGAGGUUUAUCACCUGCAUUUAAAAUUGUUUGAAUUGUAUCAGUACGAUACCGUCGAAUUACUGAAAAUAAUGGCCCAACUUGUAACUCCUCCUAAUUGCGAAAUUUUGGCCCAUUAUGGAAUUGUUUGUCAGGCCCAGUGUAUCAACUAUGUGACUUUGCCAAUGCAAUUGGAUUUAUGUCGGCAGUUGAUUACUGAUUUCUAUAUCUGUUGCAAAUUGAAAGCCGACACAUGA